AGUGUUACAGGACUGUUAUUUAGGUGAUAUUCUUUGAACAUGUACACUUUGGUGAAAGUUUGUUUGAAUGCUUAUGGGAUUUGAUUUUUUCUUCUAAUUAGAGGUUACGACCACAGCUGUUCAUGGUCUGGCAUCUGGUGGUCGUUAGUGGUCUGUCCUUAUUUAAGCAGCCCUGUGAUGGGUCUGCAGGUCAGUUUUGGUUGAAGCAUUUUUUAUGUUGGCCUCCUUUAUGUUGGGCCCAAAAUAUUUUGUUAUAUUGGAUUUUUUGUGACGUUAUUAAAUUGAAUGUUAACCUGAGUUGAAACACCAGUGUCCUCGUGUUUAUGUUGGUCCACUACAUUUGGUGGCAGUGGUGGGAUCCUCUAGUUGGACACUGGUGUAUUUUUUGCUCCGUUUCCCUUUUUUGAAAUUUUUUUCUUUUGUACCAUUCAUCCUCAACUAUGCCCGUUAGAGGAAGAGGACGCAUGUGCCGUGCCAGCCCAGAACCGGGCUCAUCUGGAAGGGGAGGAUAUGGCCCUGAAGAGGAGGGGGCUGUUGGUGGACUGCCGGUCAUGGAAGAGGAGGCAAGUGAACCAACAUUAGCCGACCUCUCUAACCUUCUCAAAGCCCAUAUAGGCCAGCAGAAAGCCAUGGAGGCUUAUUGGGACAAGGAGGCGGUUAGACAGGCCAAUAACUUCAGAGAACUACAAGAGCAGUUCACUCUACUCAAAAUGGAGGUUCAGACUCAAGCCACGCCCCGAAUACGGCAGUCAUCAUCAUCAGAGCCUGAAGUGGCCACACCUGUGCAGAGGUUAUCUGGCAACUAUUCUCAGGCUUCCUCCCCAAUGCCUCAGCUACCUAAACUGCAAAAGCUGAGUGAGGAAGACGAUAUUGAACACUUCCUUAUUACAUUUGAACGAAUUGCGGCUGCCUGUAGAUGGCCAAAAGUAGACUGGGCUUUCCAUCUAAUACCAUUGCUAACUGGCAAGGCCAGAAGCGCUUUUGUUCACAUGGAUGUUGAUGUGUCAAUGAAUUAUGACCAAGUCAAGUCGGCUAUCUUGCAGAAAUAUGAGAUCAACAGCGAAACCUACAGGCAGAGGUUCCGCUCACUUCAGGUGGACCCCGAGGAAACUCCCAAAGAACUUUACAUCAGGCUGAAGGAGCUGUAUGGGAAAUGGGUCCAGCCGAGAGGUAAAACUGUUGACCAAAUUAACGAAAUGAUAAUUCUUGAACAGUAUUUGAGAAUGUUGUCACCAGAACUCCAGGUAUGGAUCAAAGAACAUGAUCCGGAGUCGGCAGACGAGGCUGCCACAUUGGCUAAUGUGUUUGUGGCUGCAAGAGGGAAGCAUCAGCCAUGGGCGCAUAAAAGCGGGAGUAAGGGGGACUUUGGUCAGCCCCCCCCGGCACCAAGUGUUGGUAAGCCCUUUGAAAGGGGGAACUUUACGUCAGCACCUUCUUCAAACUUCCAUGGGAAAAAGCCAAUCUGUUAUUUAUGUGGACAGGAGGGUCACACUAAACCCAGGUGCCCUCAGAAUACUGUCAAAUUGUCUCAGAUGGGAUUUGUGCCCAGGGAAGAGACUCAACAGGUUGGGGCAAAGCAUAAUUUACAGGAGAGGUUCGUGGAGCUAAAUGGUCGGACACUUAAAGCAUUGAUUGAUACAGGAAGUACACAAACAUUAGUUCGGCGUAAAUAUGUUCCACCGUAUUCUAUCUGCACCAGUGAGACUGUUCCUAUCUGUUGUGUCCAUGGUGAUGAAAAGGAAUAUCCAACUACUGAUGUCUAUUUGACUGUGAAUGGUCAGACUUAUCUGCUGAAUGUUGGUGUGGCAGAUAACUUGCCUUUUCCUGUCAUUCUGGGGGGUGAUCUACCGGUGCUAAUUGACCUGUUACCGCAUCCUCAGUGUAAUGUCGUAGUGACUCGGGCCCAGUCAAAGCAAUCUGAAGAAAUUGUUUCAGACCUCAGGGCCUUGCCAUUUUAUAAUGUUGAAUUCUCCACAGAAAGGGCAAAGGAACACAAAUCCAAACGACAAAAGAGGCGAGAGAAGUUUCGUGGGACGGCGGUGACUCACACUGACACUCCAGAGCUGGAUGUACUGCAGGAUUUUAAGAUCCCGGGUAAUAUUUUGGAGCUGCAGCACCAGGAUCCAAAUCUUGCACAGUAUUUUGAAGAAGCUAAAGCUAAGGGAAAUGACUUCUGUGUUCAAAACGACAUUCUUUACAGACAAAAUGGUUCAAUUAAGCAGCUGGUGGUUCCCCGAGCAGUAAGAGGAAUUGUUCUGAGAUUGGGCCAUGCUAUACCCUGGGCUGGUCACCUGGGGAAGCACAAGACCUUAGCCCGCGUGAAGCGUUAUUUUUACUGGCCCGGCUUGCGUAAAGAUGUCGAGCAGUUCUGCCGAAGCUGUCCGGAGUGCCAAAUAACAUCAGCCAGACGUCCUCACAAAGCUCCUCUCCACCCGCUGCCAGUUGUGAGUACGCCAUUUCAGCGACUAGGUAUGGAUGUAGUGGGACCUGUGGAAAAAAGUAAAUCGGGUAACCGCUUCAUGCUUGUAAUAACGGACUAUGCCACAAAGUAUCCAGAGGUCUUCCCUCUAAAAACUAUUAAGGCCAAGACUGUCGCCUUCUGCUUAUUGCAGUUAUUUUCGAGAGUUGGGUUUCCUCAAGAGAUACUCACUGACCAGGGCACAAAUUUUAUGUCCAAACUACUUAAAGAUGUGUACCAGCUAUUGGGAAUAAAGGGCCUGAGAACAACGCCAUACCAUCCACAGACUGAUGGACUCACCGAAAGAUUUAAUCAAACCCUUAAACAGAUGCUACGUAAAUUUGUGAACGAGACUGGCUCCGACUGGGACCAGUGGCUCCCUUACAUUCUGUUUGCCUACAGGGAAGUUCCCCAAGCUUCCACUGGGUUUUCUCCCUUCGAGUUAUUAUAUGGCCGUGAUAUGAGAGAGCAAUUGGAGAAGAUGACGACUCUGGCUCGAGAACACAUGAAAACCUCCCAGAAGCAACAAAAGACCUGGUAUGAUGCAGCAGCCAGGGAGAGGGGCUUUGAUCCUGGUCAGAAAGUGCUAGUGAUGCUGCCCUCAGAAGACAGUAAAUUGCUGGCCAAGUGGCAGGGCCCCUAUGAGGUGAAAGAAAAAUUGGGCCCCACAACAUACAAAGUGGCACUUCCAGGACGAGGCCGUGCUGUCAGAGUCCUCCAUGUAAACCUGUUGAAGGAGUGGGUCUCGAAGGAGGAGAGACCAGUUUCCCUCUACAUAAGGAGCACCGAGGAUGAGGAGCGGGAGGAGCAAUACUUGCCUGUCCCAUUAGCCUCCGAGCCCGUUUUGGACCAUUUGCCAGUCAAGCAGCGGCUGGAGGUGGGCAAGAUCUGUUCGUCUGAGGUGUUCAAGGAGACCCCAGGUUACACCACUGUGGUAAUGCAUGAUGUGGCUUUAAAGAACAAUGCGGUCCCCAAGCGGAUGAGCUAUCGUAUACCGCAGAAACUUUUGGACCCCCUUAAAAGGGAAGUUGAUCUGAUGCUGUCACUGGGUAUUAUAGAAGCCUCGUACAGUGAGUGGUGCAAUCCAAUUGUACUUGUGCCUAAAAAGGAUGGAACAAUUAGGUUUUGCAUAGAUUUCCGCUAUCUCAACUCGGUUUCAAAGUUUGACUCAUACCCUACUCCUCGAAUUGAUGAACUGAUUGAGAGACUGGGCACUGCUAAAUAUCUUACCACCAUUGACCUUUGCAAGGGCUAUUGGCAGGUUCCAUUGUCCUCCAGGUCUCGAGAGCUGACGGCGUUCCGUACACCCUGGGGUCUCUACCACUUCAGAGUGAUGCCAUUUGGACUUCACGGUGCGCCUGCUACAUUUCAGCGUCUUAUGGAUAAGGUACUGUGUGGCCUUUCACAAUUUGCCGCGGCGUAUCUGGAUGACAUCAUUAUAUAUAGUAACAGCUGGGAUGAACAUUUGCAACACCUAAAAGUCGUCUUGAGGUGUCUCCAGAACGCAGGACUGACUGUGAAUCCAGCCAAGUGUGCCUUUGCCAAGAGGGAGACAGAAUACCUUGGCUUUGUCAUUGGAGGGGGUCUUGUGAAGCCACAAAUUGGAAAAGUGGAGGCUAUCCGGUGCUGCCCUCUGCCCAGGACCCAAAAACAACUGAAAUCCUUCUUGGGCAUGUCAGGUUGGUACCACAGAUUCAUCCCUAACUACUCUGCCAGGGCCUCUCUGCUUACAGACAUGACCAGCCUUCGGGGAUCGAGUGUACUGAGGUGGUCUGAGGAGGCCGUGAAGGCAUUCAGAGACAUUCAGCAGGCCUUGUGCCAGGAUCCGGUGCUUCACUGCCCUGACUUCGAGCAGGAGUUUGUCCUACAGACGGAUGCGUGUGAUAGAGGUCUGGGGGCAGUUUUGCUUCAGGGGCCACCGAAUGACCGCCAUCCAAUUGCCUUCAUCAGCCGGAAACUCUUCCCGAGAGAAACCCGCUAUUCCACUAUCGAAAAGGAAUGCCUGGCGAUCAAGUGGGCCUUGGAUGCACUCCGUUACUAUCUGCUGGGGAGGCACUUCGUGCUGGAGACAGACCACCGAGCACUCAGAUGGCUGGAGAGGAUGAGGGACACCAACAAUCGCAUAACCCGCUGGUAUCUGGCCAUGCAGCCCUACAAGUUCGAGGUGCAGUACAUUCCAGGCAAGCAGAACAGUACUGCUGACUAUCUCUCCCGCGGUGCAAGCGAACUUUCUGAGGAGGGGGAGUGUGUGGUGGCUACCACCUCCAUUUAG